AUGCCUGGUACAACUAAUCGACUGCUAUGGAUUGACUGCGAAAUGACGGGUCUGGACCAUGAAAGGCAGACACUUGUUGAGAUCGCAGUGAUAUUAACUGAUGAGGAUCUGAAUGUUGUUGCAGAAGGCCCCAACAUAGUGAUAAACCAACCUGAAAAAGUACUGAACAAUAUGGAAGGUUGGCCGCGCAGAACUUUCACAAAAAAUGGACUUCUAAAUAGGAUCCCGCCAUUGUUGCAUUAUUUUCCUGUUCAGAUAUUAGACUUUCUUAGAAGGGAAUCAGUGAAUAAAACAUGUCCAUUGGCAGGGAACAGCGUACAUUUUGACCGGAGAUUCAUCAUGAAGUAUAUGCCACUUCUUGAGAAGCAGUUAAAUUAUCGCAUUGUAGACGUGUCCACUAUUGAAGAGCUGGCAGCAAGAUGGUAUCCGAAUGAAUUAAAAAGAGCACCAUUCAAGAAAGGAACCCAUAGGGCUUUGGACGAUAUUCGAGAAAGUAUUGAGGAAUUGCGCUACUACCGCUCUUCAAUCUUCCAACACGUUUCCACCAUUAAAGAGGUAACAUUGCGACGACCACUGUCCAAGUCCAAGUGGGUAACUUCAACUGGGAAUAAAUUUCAGCUAGCAGCAAGAUGGUAUCCGAAUGAAUUCAAAAAAGCACCUCUCAAGAAGCGAACUCAUAGGGCUUUGGACGAUAUUCGAGAAAGUAUUGAAGAGUUACGCUACUACCGCUCUUCAAUCUUUCAGCGUUAG